CUUCAGGAAGUGGGCUCUGCUGUGGGUUCACUCGUAUUUCAAACAAGCAGCACGGAGGACGGCACUAGCUCCCCGGCAGUAAGACAUUUGGAAGCUGAGACCUGGCUGCGUGGUUCGAGCCAUGGGGAAGCGCUACUACUGUGACUACUGUGACCGCUCCUUUCAGGACAACAUGCACAACAGGAAGAAACACCUGAACGGCGUGCAGCAUCACAGAGCCAAGAAGGCCUGGUUUGAUCACUUCAGAGACUUUGCAGCCAUUCUAGAUGAUGAGCUAGCCAAGAAACCCUGCAGGAAAUUUCUCCAAACAGGAGUUUGUGGUUUUGGCCCCAACUGCAGGUUUUCCCACAUGUCCGAAGAAGACUUGGCAAGCCUAAAAAGGCAGAUUGAAGAUGAAAGACAGCACAGAGACAACCCUAAUGGCAGAUCUUCACCCAAGCGAAGCGUAGAAGAGUGGCUCACAAGACGAGAGAAGAAAAGAAUUUCCCUCAGUAGCAAAGGAGUUCUCAAAGAUGAGGAGGAUGAAGAAGGAAGCCCGGCAGAAAGUGACAUACCUCAGCAGCUCCUUUCCGUUCCUGAUCUUCCUCCCUCACUGUUGCCCCCUCCACCAGGGGGAUGGAAAGUCAACCCCACCACUGAAUGGGGUUGAGGGAUAUUAACAUGUGCAUUCAUGGAAGGAUAAAUGCCACAAAACACUAUUUGCUUGAGGAAAUGUUUCCCUUUAAUGCAUGUGUGAAGUGACAACAUCUGCCUAUUUAAGUUUGCAGUUACUACUAGAAACUGAUUGUUGCAGUUUCUUGUUUUUUAUAAUAAAGGCCUCAAAGCAGACCCUGUUUUGCAGGUUAUGUGAUGUAGAUGUACUGUUGCACCAUUCAGUUAUAUUAAAGUAAAACUGCUCAUGUAAAAAGUACCUGAUUUGAAGCGAGAGUAAAAAAAUUACUGGGUUGCUUGAAAUAAAAUGGGACCCAUCCUAUAUGAUCUUAAAAGUAUGAUUAGACUAAAUCAUAAGUUGUGACUUACUUUUGUUUAGGAUCCAGUUUGUGACCUCGGAGGAAUAGGUACUUGAAUACACCUUUUUUUUUUUAAUGUAAAACUUGAAAGUAGUAGUAGAGAAGCAUGUGGAUUCUGUAAGUGAGGGGGAGAUUAUGAGGUAGAUAUCAGACUUUUGGACCCACAGUGCAAUCAUUUGGCUCCAUAACACCUGGAAUAUGCUGCUCACGCUGUUUCGAGUCAUUUUAUGCUGGUUUAUGGAACGCUAAACAAUAACACUCUGCCCACAACUGUUGUGUUUUUGGGAAGCCGGACAAAAGCUGUGUUUUACAUUGACACAGAAUCCUUUGUGCCAUCAGUGUUUGAACUGAUAGAAGUGUGAGCAGAUAGAUUAAAUUUUCAUUUUUUGAGUUAA